GGAAAGCCGAGACACCACCACAAUGGAGAGCGGCGAUGUUGUCGGAAUCGGAGAUUACGACGUUGAGACGAAGCGAGAGAAGCUGAGAUCGUUGCUCUCUCAACUACUCGUCGAUCCGAUUCUCGCCGACGUUCCGGGGAAUCCAACACUGUCGGAUGUCGUCACUCUCGUCAGCCUUGAAAAGGGAAGCGCUAUGCGACUCUCCAUCGUCAAACUCGACGGCUCCUCCUUGGAUGUGGCGGUCAUGAAUUCAGCUACUUUGAAGGAUCUAAAGAUUUUGAUCAAGAAGAAAGUUAAUGAGAUGGAGCAAGCAAACAUGGGUCAUCGCCACAUCUCUUGGAAGCAUGUAUGGUCAAAUUUCUGUCUUUCGUGUAAUAACGAGAAGUUGCUUGACGAUGACGCAGUUCUUCAGGAUGUCGGAGUUCGAAAUAACUCUCAGAUCGCAUUUGUUCCGUAUGUGAUGAAGAAAGGUCCGGGAAGACACUCUAAGAGGAAGAAGCACCGUCUCUUUCGUUCACUGCACAAGACUUGUUAGAUAGUAGCGUUGGUGGAUUCUGAUAAGGUUGUCAAACAUCAUCAUCAUUAGGGCAUCUCCACACCAACGAGAGGAAAAAACAAAAAUAUUUUCAGUGGCUGUUGCCUAUUGAGCCUUACGAUGCAUCAGCAUGCGUUUUGCCGGAUACACAAGCAGAGUAAAGAGAAAAAGCACCAAGUGAUGAUCUAGAAUACUGUAUGCUCGUGAGUAGUGAUGCCAUCAGCAGAUGGUGGGAUUGAUCUUUAUUAGAGUGUGAGUUUGUUGGUUUAGCUGAUGAUAAUCCGGUUCGGUGUAAAACUCUGUAUAUAAGCUGUAAAUUAUUGGUCGCAGUGUGCUUAACAGAAAUAAAUGGUGUUUUUUUCAUUA